AUGGAUCCAUCCGUAGUCGCAUUUGAUGAUACCACGAAAAGCCACGACAGCGAUAAGGAGCUGUGCUCUUCAUCUUCACUACCGGAUCAGCAGGAGGAUCUGGGAGAGAAAUCCUCCCAUACUACCCCAUCUGACGACAAAGGCUCCAAGUCUACGGACAGUGUGCGAGAAGAAGGCCUAAGAGCCUUUAGAGCCGGGGAUUGGCGAGGCGCGACGGACGCCUGGAGCCGUGGCCUUCGCACCCUUGAAUAUAUAUUGGCUAAAGAAGACGAAUUUGAUGAUGACAAGAAAAGGGAGUUCGCUGCUAUGCACCAGUCGUACUUGCUAAACCUGUCGCUCUCCUGCCUCAAGGAGGGCCGCUGGGCUGCAUGCAUCUUGUACAGUGACAAAGCACUGCAGAAUGACCCCAAUGCCUUAAAGGCUCUGUACAGGAAAGCCCAGGCCCAGCAAGAGUUGGGUGACUUUGAUGGAGCUUUGGCUACCGUAAAUCGGUAUCUUACAGUCUCUCCGGGGAGCCCUUUAGCAUUAUCAUUGCGAUCUCAGCUGAAUCACUUGAAGGCGACUCACGCCAUCAAGGAAAAGAAGCUUGUAAAGGGGAUGUUUCGCAAACUGGAACAUGAUCCGAGGUCUGAGGCAGUGGAAGCCACAGCUACAGAGACAGCGAGGAGCAAAACAAGCGUUCUGGGUUCUCUCGGGAGGAAGCUUAUUGGCUGGCUUGAUCUUUUUGGCCAUCAGAAGCGUGUUGAGCAGCCCGAGAUUGAACAGAACCGAGAUGCGUUCGAGAAGUUCAAUGCUGCAAAUGCGAGAGCCCAGCUAAAUUUGUUUGAAGGAGCAGGCUGCGGGCCUUCGUUUGAUGACCGCCACAAGGAUGCUGUGGCCAAGGCUUUGGCUGCCAUGGCAGGCGAACGAGAUUUGGAUCCAGAGAAAUCUUCGAACUCUGAGGACAUACAGCGCCUUGCGCGUCUCGUAGACAGAUACCAGAAACUGCACAGGGGAGACGCCUCGCUCAUAGAGAAGCUGCGGUUUCACGUUUAUCUUGUUCUGUUCGGGAUCAAGCAGAUUGCGUCGAAGGCUUGUAGGAGCUGCUGGCGAAGGAAGCGGAUAUGCGAGAAAAGUAAAGGGAGUUCGGAUUGGGAAGAGGUAGAGCCCGAAGUCGCCAGAACAUCCGGAAGUGCAACGCUCAAAGGCGAUGGAAACAGGGCGACUUCUAGCAUAGCCAGUCGGCGGAAGCAGCACUGCGCAACUUCAGAGGCUGCUCGCAGGAACCGCAAGCGUCGUAAUCACUCCAUCGAGCCGUAG